AUGCACAUCCUUCUCCUCAGUACAUCAGACCAAAACGGCUCUGCAGUUCUUCAAUCUGCAAUAUCAAGAAACUACACCGUCACAGCUCUUCUUCCCUAUGGUUCAUAUUCCCCAAGUCACGCCAACGUUACUCUCGUUACUGGCUCGUCUACGUCUCAGCAUGAUCUCGAAACAGCACUACAGACACCGAUGUUCCCAGAAGCUAUCGUUAUAGCUUUCGACCAUGCCAAUCUCUGGGAGUUGGUCGCUCAAGCGCUCCUCAAAGCCAUCGCUGCCGUGAAUUUACGAAAGCGAACUGAAUGGAAGCUGUCAUGUUCGCAAAUAUCCUUGCCUUUUCGCCUCGUGUUCACUCACAGCAAUGCCACGCAAAUGGGACGAGAUGAUUACAAUAGAGUCGAUGCAAUUGUACGGGGCAGUGGUUUGCCCUUCGUGCUAGCUCCGAAUUCUCGUGUCUCAAAGAUACCCAAGACAAUACGUGCUUCUCCAUGUGACGGGCGUGGUGCUGCGUGGAUGGCUACUGUCAAAAGAGUCAGUAUGACAACUGACACGGCUCAAAACAACGAACCAAACGGGGUUGUGCCUAGCUUGGUAGAAGCGGCGAGUAUAGGGACAUCAUGA